CUGUAUUACUCUCUAAUUCUGCCUGCACUCUUCUCUCCUCAUUUACCGUUACACUCCGAAAUCCGAACCUCUCGUUCGUCUCCGAACCUGUAGGCUCUGCCACCCUGAGCUCAUAUAAACAGCCCAGCCCAAAAUUUCACUUCUCUCUCGCUCUCUCUCUCUGUUUUCUCUGUGUGAAAAACUGAAACUCUAGACUGUGAAGCUUUGGACGUUUCGUCCAUUUUUUCAUUUCUCUCUGAAACGCGAGCUAUCUCUCUGGUGUGGCGGAGAUCCAUGGCGGACCAUGCGGGCCGGCCAGAGUCGCUGAUGAACAAGAUCGUUGAAAAGAUCCACGACCACCACGACUCCUCGUCGUCGUCAUCCGAAUCAGAAUCCGACGACAAGUUCAAUCCCUUCGGCUAUGCCGAAACCAAGGUUUACAGGCUCUUCGGCAGAGAAAAGCCCGUCCACAAAGUCCUCGGCGGUGGAAAACCUGCUGAUGUCUUCUUGUGGAGGAACAAGAAGAUCUCUGCGAGUGUACUUGGUGUUGCCACUGCCUUGUGGGUUUUCUUUGAGUUGCUUGAAUACCACUUGGUCACUCUGGUCUGCCAUAUCCUAAUACUCUCUCUGGCUGUCCUUUUCCUGUGGUCCAAUGCAUCCACAUUUAUUAAUAAGUCUCCACCUCACAUCCCACAAGUUGGACUUCCUGAGAACUUUGUCCUUGAGGUUGUCUCUACAGUGAGAAUUGAACUCAAUACUGCACUGGCUGUAUUGCGAGAUAUUGCAUCUGGGAGAGAUUUGAAGAGUUUUCUUAGCGUUAUUGCUGGCUUGUGGGUUCUUUCAAUAGUUGGGAAUUGGUGCAACUUCCUGACCCUGUUCUACAUAGUCUUUGUCUUGCUGCACACAAUACCUGUGCUUUAUGAGCAAUAUGACGACCAGAUCGAUUCCUUUGCUGAGAAGGCAAUGAUUGAAAUCAAGAAUCUGUAUGCAGUGUUUGAUGCGAAGGUUUUGAGCAAAAUCCCCAAAGGGCCAUUAAAAGAAAAGAAGAAGGAUUAAAGAUAUAUAUUGAUAUUACGUACUAGGUCCAAGUUGAAUAUCACUGUGUUUUGUCAAGGUGUUCUGACUCUUAUCCACUAGAAUGUGCUUAUAUUCUAUUGUUCUGCUGCACACAGCAACAGUAUAGAUGAAUAUCGUAUUCCCUAA